UGGAAAUCUCUCAUUUUUUUUUGUGUUGUUCCAACUUGGCCCUUCCUCCUUCUCCUUCUGCCUUCGACCACUUUCCAGUAACCUCCACCACCUCCCAUCGAUCCAACUUCAAACAACCAUCACCAUUCAUCAAAUCUCAAACCCCUCCCUUCGGCGCCGUUGUUACUGCUGGCCAGCUCUACUCUACAUCACCAACCACCAAUGAAUCGUCAUUCACCUACAUAUCUGGGGAGAAGAAGGUGAAACUUUUUGAAGCAUGAUGUUUUUCAUCCAUUGUCGUUCCAAAGAGGAGUUUUAUUCCGCCAACAAAACAGAAGAGCAGAGUGAGAGCCCAAAAGAUUUGUUCAGUUCAAUCUCUUCUCGUCUAUUUCAAUUCAUAGCAUACAUCCUCGCUCCCAAGACUUCUCCCUCGCUCCCAAGACGGACAAGCUUGCUGUUAGCCAAUGGGGACUUCUGAUGGAAGAUCUGCUUACUCGACGCUGUCUACCCUAGAGAAGGAGAAUACUAUGUACCCUUACAUUGAUGACUAUUCCAAUCCUGCCUGGUCUGCUAGAAAAGAUGUGGGCGCUCAUCAAUCAAGCUCAAAAGCAUCGGAAAGCGACUCACAUCUGAAUUUCCCUUAUGAUUCGGAAGAGUUUGUUGAUGGUGGAUAUGAUUCGGACGAUGAACCUUGCGACUCUAAGCAAAUUGCCAGAGUUCCAGAGGUCAAUCUGAAAAAUGUCUUGGGUGGAAUAUUUGCGAUUUUGACUGGAAAGAACAAAAUGCCUGGCCUUUCUGGAAUCUCACAACUCCCUAGCUCAAAUGUUUCCUUUCUCGGAUCUGGGAAAAACGGUGACACCGUCUUGCAUUCCUCUGUUUAUAUACCUAGUGCGCCACCUCUCCUUGAGCCAGCGGGCUUUAAUUACAGUGAAUACAAGGAGGUAUUGGAAGCUGAGCCUCCUGAGUGGCUACCAGAUAGUUCUACUUCAGCUUGCAUGCAGUGCACUGCUCCAUUCACUGCAAUAACUCGCGGCAGGCAUCAUUGCCGAUUUUGUGGUGGGAUAUUUUGUAGAGUUUGCACCAAAGGAAGGUCUUUGUUGCCAGUUAAGUUCAGGGAACGGGACCCACAAAGGGUUUGUGAUGCCUGCUAUGAUCGGCUUGACCCUCUACAGGGUAUUCUUAUCAACUCAAUUAGCAACGCUAUGCAAGUAGCAAAGCAUGAUGUAAUGGACUGGACAUCUGCUAGGGGUUGGCUGAAUCUUCCAGUUGGUCUAUCCAUGGAAAAUGAGAUAUACAAGGCAUCUAAUACUUUAAGAAGCUAUUGCCAGGUUGCAAAGUUGAAUCCUGACAAAUCCAUACCUCAAGCAGUUUUGAAGGGAGCCAGAGGCCUGGCUAUUCUGACAGUUGCUAAAGCAGGUGUUGUAGUUGCCUACAAACUUGGAACUGGUUUAGUAAUUGCUCGAAGGUCUGAUGGAACAUGGUCUGCGCCAUCUGCCAUUUGCUCAGUUGGUUUAGGAUGGGGUGCUCAGGUUGGAGGUGAGCUCAUGGACUUUAUAAUUGUUCUUCGUGACCUGAAGGCUGUAAAGACGUUUUCUAGCCGCAUGCAUUUCUCUCUCGGUGCUGGCUGUAGUGCUGCAGCAGGGCCUAUUGGGAGGGUUGUGGAAGCUGAUCUCAGGGCUGGUGAUAGAGGUUCUGGCAUGUGCUACACAUACAGUUGCAGUAAAGGUGCAUUUGUUGGUGUAUCACUUGAAGGGAAUGUGGUUACGACAAGGAUGGAUACUAAUCUCAACUUCUACGGCGAUCCUUAUCUCACAACAAGCGACAUUCUACUUGGCAAUGUGGACAGACCAAAGGCUGCUGGACCUUUGUAUGCUGCUCUUGAUGAACUCCGUCACACUCUCUGGUUUUAACGUAUGCUUCCCGGUACGUCAUUGCAAUUGAGAGCGUAAACUUCAUAGUUCUGUCGGGUAGAAUUCGGAAUAUGUGCCUUGCACCUUAUUAUAGUUUUGAACUCUCGAACUGUACAUUUGAAUGUCUUCGUCCACCAAAUUCGUCCGAGAAUGGGGAACUGAAUGUUGAACUUGGUUUUUGUUUUGACAUUCCGUUCAGUUUGUGUAUAUAUGUGUAUAAUCUGGCCGAUAAUGUUUGUGUAAAUAUCGUUUGUUUAGUGGGACAAAAGAAAUUGUACAGAUGAACAGAAAAUUUGCUUGGUUAGAUAAUCUGAUUUUUAAUUUCUCAAA